AUGCGAUCCCUCUUUCCGGUGGUGCUCGGUGCACUUGGCCUGAUCUUUGUCGAUGGUGUUGUUGCCCAAGAUACACCCGCUUGUGUGCCGGCUUGUGCGAAUCAAGUGAGAAGUCAAUUCACGCAAUACUCCUGUACCAGUGCAGAUGACGCCGCCUGUUUGUGCGCAAAUGCCAACUUUGGAUUUGGCGUGCGAGACUGCGGCCAGAACGGCUGUGGUGCUACCGAUGUCCAAGUUCAAGCUUUCCUAUCUGGGUCAUUUUGUCAGGGCCAACAACUAGCAUUCUCAGCUACCGGCGCUCAAGCUCCUCCUACUUCAAGCGUACCAACAGGAAACCCAGCUGCCACAACACCAGCAGGUGCCACAACGCCAGUACCAACAGCUCCAGCCACCAGCGCCUCAAUCCCCGAAACAUCGAUCCCCUCGACUUCACCGCAGGCCACAGGUCCACCAACGACAACACCGCCAGCCUCGACAGGAGCUCCAACCUCAUCUCCGCCAACGUCAACUGCUCCACCCCCAACUACCACCGGCGUAGUACGUCUCUCCAACUCGGGAACAUUUCCGUUUUCCAACUCUACUUCGUCUGCUGUCCCAUCCACCACCGUUCCUGCUACUUCUGCCACCUCUACUCCCACUUCUAGCGAGACGGCCGCGGCCGGUGCCGGUAGUGGCUCGGGACUAUCUCAAGGUGCAGCCAUUGGUAUUGGAGUCGGAGUUGCGGGUGGCGUAGUUGCAAUUGCCUUUGCUGCUGUUUUCUUGUUCCUCCGGAAUCGCAAUAGGCCUCACGCCUCUUUUGACAUAUCUCACCCCCCUUCCAAUACGGGGUCUGGACAAGGCGCUUUCGAAAAGUACUCGAAUGAUAUCGAAAUGGUUUCCAACAGGUACGAAGAUAUGGUGCCUCGGCAGCAGCCAAGGGUUAUGGUAUAA